AUGGCCAAGUCGAGUGCUUACAGUAAAGAGUACUCGCCCCAGUAUGGAAUGCCAAGGCGGAGGACGGUAGCCGGCGGUAAGGAUUACUGUAAUUUAUGGGGAUUCUAUUUUACACUGGAUGUUAGAGGUGUUUUUGGGGAAAAAGGGGCCUCAGGGAUAUAUACUUCAAGAUUUUGGAUGAUUAGUGAGCUUAGGAGGUCAUUUUAUACGAUGAAACUUUUAAUUUUUUAAAGUCAUCAUUUUUUAAAUUUCACUUUUUAUACCCAAAAAAACGGGUCGUUGUAAUCUCACAAAGACGAAAUAAAUUAUAAUUUAGCACCUUGCAACGAAUUCCGAGCCCUGGGAUUUCGGAAUUCGAAAUUACCGACAUUUUUAUAUUGCGCUAGGCAUCAAAGUCUCACAACCCAAAGUUGAUCCCAAAAACACAGUAAAUCCAAGAAAUCCAAUAACUCUCAGGUCCAAAUUAAUUGAUCAUUCGAUUGAUUGUGUUCUUCCACUCCAUUCUCGGGAUAUUCAACCCCAAAGGCACCCAACUUACGUCCAUUUACAUUCAAAAUGAUGGGAAAAUUGAUGUCCCCAAUUAAAUUAACUAUUCCCCGUCUGAGAUUCCCCAAGACCAAUAAAUAAUUAAGCAGUUUUGGGGGUAUAUAAACGGGAGCGUCUUCGUGUUGGAUCUUCAUCUUGGCCAUGUUUUCAGAGAGUUCAAAUCACUUCUCCAAGGAUUAUUGGGAGAAGAAGGGACAAAGGAAGGGCCAAUGUGGGCCAAGCCAGCCGACCGCGGACUUCUGGAUGAUGGGAUCGGAGAAACAGUACCGUCAAGAAGUGUUCAGUCGCAAUUGUAAGUUUUUUUUCAACUUCAUUCACAUUUUGAUACCUUUAUAGGAAAAAUAAAAAUUACGUUGCAUUUUAGCUUUUCAGAUAGUUUAUGGCCUGUAAAUGUUAUUUUAUUUAGCCUGUCUGCUUGAGUAUUACUUCAUCUGCAAAAUGUUUAGGCCGCGUUUGACAAAAACCGUUGAGAGAUUCAGGCUAUAAAUUUUAAAAAUCCUGUUUGGAAAUGAAUGAUUUUUCUUUUUAAAUAGCACUGGACAAUAAGAUUCCCGAGAUAUAGCAAGAAAUUUAUAUUAUCCAUGCCCAGAUCUGAAUUAACCCCAAGGAAAACCGAAGUUUUCUUUCAGCGGACAACUUUUACCAGACCAAAUCCUCGUACCGAUCUCACAGUGCUUUCGAGUCCCCAUUUACCUCGAAUUCAUCCACCAACUCGUCGUCCACACCGAAAGAAGCGCCUUCUUUCCACCGGCCCCAGAAACAGCCAAAUCCCGUCCAUCCUCUGGGAAUGUCGCCGUUCUCCUUUUAA